UGCUGGAUGCAGUCAGUGUUUUCUGCUGGAUGCAGUCAGUGGUGAGACUCACAGCUUCCAGGUGGCGAUCAACUAACUACAGUGUAACUACAGUGAGAAACAGCCACAAAUCUGACUGAGAAGAAAAUAAUCGGAGUUAUAUUUCUGGGAAUUUCUCAUUUCACGGAGAAGAAGAAUAGAAAAUCCCGGCGAUCAGUUUGGACUUGAUGAGAAAGUUAAGAAGUCCCGCUCUUGAGGAGCCCAGCGGAAUAUGAUUUGAAUUAAAGGAACUUACUACACUGUUGCUCUCGAACAGGAUGAAUCCCCGCUUGCUUCAUGCCGUCAUGCUGCUGUGGGUCUUGUGCUCCAGUGCGCAGGGCCAGUGUGAUAAAUCACCCGAGACCAAUAAACUCAACCUCUCGGUCAACUACGAGCUCCCGACGUUCACGGCAGACUUCCCGAUCCAGAACAUGGUGACGCUGGAUGGGAUCAUCUAUGUUGGGGCUGUAAACAGGAUCUAUGCCUUGGCACCGAACCUCACAAAGUUGUCAGAAUACCACACGGGGCCGCUGCUUUCCAACGAGACCUGUGGCCAGACAUUAACAGGCGCUAGCAGUGGCAGCAAGGUGGACAACCACAACAUUGCUUUGGUGGUGGAGAACAUCUACGACAAAGGGUUGUACAGCUGCGGAUCGGCGGACAAUGGCGUUUGCCGGCGUCACGUCCUCGAUGACGACAAUAGCCCGAAAACCGUUGACGAACACGUCUACUGCUUCGCCGACAAAGGGAGGAAAGGCAAAGGUCAACUCAUCGACUCGGAUGUUGUUGUGAGUGCUUCAGGCUCUCAGGUGCUUAAUGUGGAGAGCAACUUCAUCAUGUUCUUCGUCGGGAACUCUGAGAUCCCAGGGACAGGAAACGUAUCGGACAGUGCAACUCAUCCCCAUACCAUCUCUCUUCGGAAGAUGAAGACGAGCCAGAACGGCUUCACCUUCUACUCAGACCUCUCGUACAUGGACCUGAUUCCGCCGCUACGAGGAAACUACUACCUGCGAUAUGUUUACUCCUUCCACAGUGGACCGUUCACCUACUUCCUGACGGUGCAGCGGGUGAGCAUGGACUCCGAGGCCUACCACACCCGCAUCGUCCGGAUGUGCUCCUCGGACCGCGUGAUCCGCCGAUACGUUGAGAUGCCCCUCGAAUGCAUCAGCACCGAUAAAAGGCGACGACGCUCGUCGGAAAUUGACACGGUUUUUAACAUCCUCCAGGCAGCACACGUCACCAAGGUGGGGAAUGAAGUUGAGCUGCAGAAACAGCUGAAGGUGGAGAGAGGCGACGACGUGUUGUUCGCAGCGUUUGCUCAGGGGAAGCCGAACUCUCCGGAGCCGACAGCGAACUCAGCCGUCUGCAUCAUGUCCCUGAAACACAUCAACAAGAUGUUCAAGUUGUACAUGCAGAAGUGCCACACAGUGGACCCGUUUCACUUCACAGGAUCUAACAAGAAGUCCUGCUACAAUGCGAGUUCAUCAGACGACUGCGACCCACAUGAGGGAAUCAACGAAGGGAAAGAGAGCAAGUACCGCCUGCAGGUGACCCAGUUCGUCCAGAGGCUGGAGUACUGGCAGAAAGAGUUGACCAACACCUUGGUUACAUCCAUCACCGUGGUAAUAGUCCAUGGCCGAGCUGUGGUGUAUUUGGGCACCUCCGAUGGACGCCACAUUCAGAUGUACGAGGCUGAUGACGUCGGCAGGUGA